AUGUUUCUACUAUCACUUGGACUAAUCCAAGACAUACAUCAAAUUCAAUCGACUGGAUUAUAUACAAUCAAACCAAUCAAUGAUCAAAGUUCAGUAGGAACUACUGCAAGCUCAAUUUACGAACCAUUCACUUCUAUUAGUAUUCUUAAACAACAAUUUAACGUUUAUAAAUUCAUUAAUCGUUUAAUCUAUGGAACCAAAAGAUUCAACGAAUUGUUCCCUCAUAUUGACAAUUUUCUGGUGAUAAAUAAUCAAGGUAAAAACAGUGCUACCAAACGUACAUCAUUUCCUCAGAAUUGUGCAGUUGAUGACUUGGAUUUGAGGUUCGAUGGAGAUUCUUCAAAUCAAAUACAAGUUUUUGAUCACGAUAAUUUAGUUGGUGACUUUGUUGGUGGUGGUGGUGGUGGUAGUGGUAAUCACUACAGCAGUCAUAACUUAUUCCCACCGUUGGAUAAGAAUGACUUCUAUGAAGAUCUACACAUCCUAAACAUUUCCCAGCAGCAGAACUAUUUGCCAAUAAACAACUCAUCGUUGAAUAACACUUUACCAUUAUUCGAUGAUUUCUUUGAAGCACAUCAACAUCACCAAUUUCUCAAUAACAAGGCCAUGGAUUCUGCAAUUAACUAUACUUUUAAUGAACAUAUAUUUGAAAAAAAAAUCAUUGCUAGAGCUAAAGCAAUGAGUAAUAUGAACUUAUUUGACAUAAUGCAUAAAUCAACAAUAAGCUUUCAAAGGGCUCGCAAUCUGACAAAUACAAAUUCUUACUACCUAGAUGAAGAGCCACAAUCUUCACCACCCACACAAGCACAAGCACAAGCACAAGCACAAGCACAAGCAUCACAAUCACGUUUACUGCCUCUUUAUUUUAGUGAUUUUGUACAAGGAGUUCGUGCAGUGGACAUUCCACCCAGAGUCGAACACCAAGAACAACAAAGUAAUGGUGAUUUUGCUAGUUAUUCCGGCUCAUCAAUAUCAUCCAAUGAUAGUUUUCUUAGUCCUUUGGAUGAUGAAAUUUCCCGUGAGUAUCAUAAAUCAUCUCCAGAAUCGUCGAUUAUGGGAAGCAGUAUUCCACAAACAGAUCAAGAUUUACUUGGAUCAAAACUUUCAAGAAAAAGGAGACAUGAAUUUGAUUUGGAAAAACGAUUAUCACAUAAUGACUCAGAUGUUCCCGUUUCCCCGACAACAACAACAGUAACAGCAACAGCAACAAAUGUUCACAAAAAUGCUAAACUUUUGGAAAAAAAACCAACUUAUAAAAAAACAAAAGCCUGUAAACUAAACUUCCAUAACAAACACAAAGAAAGCGAUGUUCCGUUGAUAACCACAACUAAAACAAACAAUACAACGGUACGGAAACUUUCAUACACCACAAAGAAUGGUACGAUAAACCAUACAUUUGAAUGUCCACAUUGUGAAGCGAAUUUCAAAGUCAAGGGCUAUCUAACACGUCAUUUGAAAAAACACUCUGUAGCGAAAGCAUUUAUGUGUCCCUUUUAUCAAGAGAAUGGAAAACUAGGAACAAAAUGUCACCCCACGGGUGGGUUUAGUCGAAGAGACACAUUUAAGACGCAUUUGAAAGCACUUCAUUUCAUAUAUCCACCAGGUACAAAAUCAAGUGAGCGAAACAGAUUUAGUGGACGAUGUGCUGGAUGUUUUCAAUUUUUUGAGAAUAAUUUACAAUGGUUGGAAAUGCACAUUGAAUCUGGUGAGUGUCAAGGAACAGUACAGGUGAAGGAAAAGCUAAGUUUACAACUAUUUGAAAGUGGUGGUUGUGCAAGUAUUGAUAUAGGAUUGGAUGCAGACAGUGAGCACGAUGACGAAGAUGAUAUGGAGGAUUCAUUUCAAGAUGAUAGUGAUGAUGAUGAUGGUGAUGAUGAUGAUGAUGAUAACAAUAAUGAGGAAGAGGAGAAGAAAGGGGUAGAAGGGAGGGAGGAGAAGAAGAAAAAGAAGGUAUAA